AAGGGCAGUUGGGUAACUUGUGUUGAUAAUGUGAAGAAGAGAAUGAGAAACUCGGAAAAAAAAUUGAUGUUGAUCGAUCGAGCGACAAAUGCAAUCCAUUGGGUCCCUUAUAGCGUUCCCAUUUUCACUUCACUUUCUUCUCCCUAGUUAUGUCCGCAACCAUCUCUCUCUCUCUCUCUCUCACACACAUGAAUUUACUUGUAUAGAUACCCCACUCAUGCAAGAAUCUCCUUAUAAAACCAAACCAAACCAAACCCCUCGUUUCUCCAAACUCUACUUCUCUCACUUAACCAUAAAUACAAUUGUAUGUAUGCAUAGCAUGGCGGAUGUUGACUACCAAAACAAGCCAUGCAACAACGCGCCCUUAAAACUCUUCGGCUUCCACGUCACCGAAGAAGAUCAAGAGGACUCUAGGAAGGCCCCGGGGUCCACAGACCCCGGGGGCGUCUCGGCAGCAGACGGCCGCAAAUACGAGUGCCAAUACUGCUGCCGCGAGUUCGCCAACUCGCAGGCCCUCGGCGGCCACCAAAACGCCCACAAAAAGGAGCGGCAGCAGCUCAAGCGCGACCAAAUGCUCGCCACGCGCACCGCUGGCGCCUCCUACCUCCGAAACCCCAUCAUCUCCGCCUUCUCCUCUCCCUCCCACCUCCUCCCCGCCUCCUCCGCCGCCUGGGUCUACGCCCCCCGCCCCCCGCCCCCCUUCCACGUGUCGCACGGCUGCUUCUUCUCCCCCUCCGCCACCGGCCGGGCCCCACUGGACUCCACUAUUGGGCCUUCCCAGCCCCUUAUGGCCCACGAUGGGAGGCUGGAUGGGCCUUCGCUGCGUAGAUUUUCCAGUGAUGGGCCCAGUUUCGACGACGCGUUUGGGCUGGAUCUCCAUCUCAGCUUGGCUCCAGCCGAGCCGUGACUAUGGAGCGGAUAUUCCGUACAAUUUUUUUUUUAUUUUUCUUCGCAUACAUUGAUUAUUUCUGUAAUUCGGAAAUUAUGGGUCCAGCAUUGUAGAGUAUGACACUCGAAUUGGAUGGAUGUACAUACGUUGUAUGACUAGCUAGAAUUAUUAUGGUUUUUGAUGUGUUGAAUAAAUAGUAAAAGAAGACACGGCACAAUGAUUUUCAUGAUCUA